AUGUUGCCUUUGAUUCCGUAUCCGACAAAAUAUACCCGCGAUGCGCCGCUUAGGCUCCAAAAUCACGGAUUCUUACAUACUGUUCAUGGCGUCCACUCGACGGUUACAUCCCUUUUGGCUCCGUCCACUCGACUUUGUGGCGAAGCAUGCGGAAGCGACCGGUAUACUGCGACACCAGAGGCGUUGACCGGUCCCAUUGCACUGAGGGCGUGCGUCAAGGAGUGGGAAAGAGGUGCGAAGGCGGAUGAACGGUCCAGAGUACAUUUAGAAGUAUUAGAGAAUGGAAAGAUUUAUCCUCCCAACUGGCAAGGCGCGCCAAAGCUCAACUGGUGCCUCUAUCAGCGGCAUAGUCCUUGGUUCAACGAGCAGCGAUGCAAUGCGCUGUACCCAGAGGUAUGGACGAUAACCUACUGGACCCACUCAUGGUGA